AUGAGUGCGGCCGCCGGUUGGGAAGAAGAGGAGCAAGCUCAGGCUGAUAAGACAGGAGGAGAGGCACACAAAGAGGAGCAGCUGACGAUGCUGUUGACGGAAGAGGAGCGGAAUCGAGCGUUGGAGAUCAAGGCAGCUGUGGAGGCGGAUGAUCGAAUUCGCAAUCUGAGUGAUUUCGAGUAUGUGCACUAUGCGCUGACCCGAAAAAGUCCGGAGGAGACCAUGGAGUCCCUGACGCAUCGAGUGUACAUGAUGCAGUGCUUUCGCGAAGAAUACAGAAUCCAAGACACUUUCGAAGAAGGACUCGAGCUGAUACAUCAAUACACACAGCAACAACCAGGUCUCGUGAUUGACGUGCAACUCUUGGCAUCAUCCUACAACUACUUGUCGGUAGAAGACUUUGCCAAAUUCAAUCCACGAGCGGUCAAAACACACGAAGAUUAUAGAAUAUUUACUGGUGGUUCAUUUUAUAUGCUCCAGGCCCGGCAACCCAACUUUGCCGCCAUUCGAGAAGGCAUGCCAUCCAUGGUGGAAUGUGAGGGAGCCAGCUUUGCCAAUUUCGAUUCCCACGUCACGGAACGAUAUCAGCACGAAUUCUUUCUGCACUAUCCAUACAAAAUGAAGGAGGUCUUUCUACUCAAUUCACCCACCGUAGUCAAUGUCUUUUUUGCCCUCAUCAAGAGAUUCCUAUCGGAAGAAACCGCCAAAGCAUUCCACUUGGGACAUCAAGUGGAGGGUUUGGAAGGGCAACGCAUUGAUACAUUCUACAAUACACCCACACGCAAUAUGAUACGAAAAGUACUAGAGGCGCUUCAGAUACGGUACAAAAACCAAGAGGAAUUCUCCUUGGCACAAUGUACCGGUGGGGAAGGAUUGGAUGGGUGGUGGGUCGACCAACUGGCGGAGGAUUCAGAGCACUACUGA